UGUUGUAUGCUAGACUAGAGUACAGGCGUGUGGAGAACACGUUACUUGCCGAUCGACGCCAUGGACGAACAAGGCCCCGCAGCAAAGCCCAUGGGCAUGGCCAUCAAGUUCUCUAGCUGCCGUGGCGUCGCCUUCGAGAUCAAGCCCUCGCCGGCAAGCCCCUUUGCUCUAGACACUGCCGCUAGUCCUUCCGACUCGCCGCCCGCCGAAUCCGGCGGCGGCCGAUGGGUGUGGUUCCCUCAGCCUUUCAACCGUAAUUACUCCACCACGAGCUUUCUCACGGCGCGCAGCCGUGCGAGCACCCACUUCUGCGACCUCGACGACAUCAGCGAUGGCGACACGGACGAUGAGUCUGUCGCUACGGACGAGGAGAUGUCCCUCACCGCCGCUGACGUUUCUCGCGUGCAGAGCAGGAGAUCCAACGCGCCGGCUAAGCCUGUGAGGGCGGCGGCUGGGCACUCCAGGCUCGGCGUCAUACUGCUCGACCAAGGCUUGUUCACCGUGUACAAGCGACUCUUCAUGCUCUGCGUCGCGCUGAAUGCGGCGGGGCUCGCUGCCGCGGCAACCGGCCGCUUCCCUUACGCCAAGCGCCACGCCGCCGUCUUCGCCAUCGGGAAUAUACUGGCGCUCACGCUGUGCCGCUCCGAGGCGGUGCUCCGGGGAGUCUUCUGGCUCACCGUCGCGCUCCUCGGCCGGCCAUGGGUGCCGGUCGCCGUAAAGACCGGCGUUACGGCUAUCCUCCAGUCCCUCGGCGGUGUCCACAGCGGCUGCGGCAUGUCCUCGCUGGCGUGGCUGGUAUACGCGCUCGUGCAGGCGCUCGAGCUCCGCGGCGUGACGCCACCCGAGAUCGUGGGCGUCGCGUCCGCAAUACUCGGCCUGGUUGCACUCUCGUGCCUCGCGGCAUUUCCGCUCGUGCGCCACCUCCAUCACAACGUGUUCGAGCGUACGCACCGAUUCGCUGGCUGGAGCGCGCUCGCACUGCUCUGGGCUUUCGUCAUGCUCACUGCUGGCUACAACCCGGCAAUCAGAUCUUACCACAGACUGACCGUCGCCUCCCUGGCUAAGCGCCAAGAGCUAUGGCUGACGGCCGCCAUCACCUUCUUCACCUUCCUCCCGUGGCUCACCGUGCGCCGCGUGCCGGUCACGGUCACCGCGCCGUCUACCCGCGCGUCCAUCAUAACCUUCCAAGGCGGCGUCAAGGCCGGCCUGCUCGGUCGCAUCAGCCGCUCGCCGCUCUCCGAGUGGCACGCCUUCGGCAUCAUCUCCGACGACAGGGACACUCACGCCAUGCUCGCUGGCGCAGUGGGAGACUUCACCCGGGGCCUCGUCUCCGACCCGCCCAGCCACCUUUGGGUACGUACAGUCCACUUCGCCGGGCUGCCCUACCUCAUCAGCAUGUACCAGAGAGUCACCAUGGUCGCGACCGGCUCCGGCAUAUGCGUGUUCCUGUCGUUCCUUAUGCAACCAAGUUGGGCGGAGGUAUCUCUGGUCUGGGUGGCCAAGGACAUCGACGCCAACUACGGCGACGGGAUAAGAGCCAUGGUGACGAGCAACGAGAACCUUGGAGGGCGUGUGAUCGUGCACGACACGAUGACCAUGGGGCGUCCGGAUGUCUCGGAGCUGGCCGUUGGCGCGGCACGACAGUGGAACGCGGAGGCGGUGGUGGUGACGAGCAACCCGGAGGGGAGCAGGGACGUCGUGAGGAGAUGCAAGAAGGCCGGCAUCCCGGCGUUUGGUCCUAUCUGGGACUCUUGAUUUUUAUUUUAUUUUAUUUUGAGAUAGCGACUUUUAUGUUAAGUACUCCUCCGUUCCAAAAUAACUUUGUAUUAAAUCAGGUACACUUAUUUUAGCACGGAAGGAGUAUGAAGAACGAACUUAAAAAAAAAACUAUCUCGAUCCAAAAUAUUUGUAGUUCUAAGUAUGUCCUAGGUCAACUUCUUUAGAUUUCACUUAGUCUACAAAAAUACUCUCUCCGUUCCAAAAUAGAUGACUCAACUUUGUACUAACUUAGUUCAAUGUUUUGACAGAA